UCAGGGAGUUUGCCACCACCUAGGCCGUCAUGGCCUUCACCCAGGCCUUGGUCACGGUGCUGGCUUUUCUUGCUGGGACCCUGCCACACAAAUUCGAAAACUCAGACCUUAAAAAGGCCAACGGAGACAAGUGUGUCCACCACAGCCAGUGCUUUAGUGACUGUUGCCUCAUAGACCUGGAAAGAAGCGGGGCCUUCUGCGCCCCUAAGUCCCAUGUAGGCAUGGCGUGCUUGCCGCAGACCAAGCGGAGCCUGAACAUCCUGUGUCCCUGUCGAAUUGGCUUGAGCUGUCAUUCUAAGGACCCCAUGUGUCCCCGCCGGUGUCAGAUGAUAUAGAGGAUGAAGCAGGCUGCUGGUGGCCACAGCUGCUGCACCCUCCCUUUCCGGGUGUCUCCCCCAUCCCCAGGUGCCACGCCCAUCCCCACCCCCACCUCCACUCCUGAGGAUUAAAGUCACUUCCUG